CAACGAAUAGAUGUGGUGGGUGGUCAACAAUAUAGUUUAGAUAUUUCGAUGGAUCAAACAGAUAAGUUUGACUAUCUAAUCGAAGAAUGCAGUUACAAUAACAAGUACAAUUUCAUCAAUAGUGACAGCGUCGUUGAUAAUAACUUGGAUGAAAAAUAUUUCAGUUGCCUCGUUUGUGAUAAAUAUUUUCAAAGAAAAUGGGAAACUGAUCAAUACCAAUACGCAGGUGCUGCUAAAAGAACUGUUGUACACUUCUAUGCGCCAGAACCACUGGACAAUAUUGCAUGCCGCUUUAGAGUGAUUCAGUGUUGUGGAUGUGCUGAGGGAUUCAUCAAAUACACUAAUAAAGCGAUCAAGAUCAUUAACUCCUCAUUAUUGCAGAGAGCUUGUGAACGGAAUGUGUGGCCUUUUAUAAAGCACUUCCAACAGCAUGUGAUAAACGUCAAUUUAAUUCCUUCAUCUGCUCUUACACUUAGUGUUUCUGAGUGGCCAUGGUGGAUAUGGCUUCUGAUCGCACUUGCACUCUUAUUGCUUCUUUGCCUGCUACUCAUACCAUUGUUGUUAUUUUGUUGUAAAGACAAAUUACGCAAGAAAACAACAGCAGCAACAAGUCAACAUGUUGAGCAGCAGCAGAAACAAGAAGCAAUAGUAAGAAAAGAUGGUGAAGUGUCCAUAUUACCAUCAUCAACAGCAACGAGACCAAAGACGAUCAGCAGCGAGGAUCGAGCCAAAAAGCGAAUAAUCUAUCGAACACCAUCUGAAUCACCAUCAGAAAGUGCUCAAUCGAAUGCCAGUCACUCAAGGAAUGCCUUAAUGAUACGACAACACAAUAGAUCGUCACUGAGUCAAGAUGCACAACGUGGUAUUGCCAAUACGAAGGUAUUGAAUAGCACUGAUAAUAUCAUCGAUUCAACAGCAAUCAAUGAAAGUGAACAGCAUUGGCAACACUCCACUGAGGAUAGACGACGUCAAAACCAAGCAGCUAUUCAGCAUUAUCGACAAACUCAAGAAACACAGGAACAGCAAAAGGAAUCGUAUUCACAAAAUAGACUUGCUUCAAGUCAUUCGGAUGCGAUCAACAGAUACGAGGACAUGACAUCAGCGUAUAAUGCAAAUGACUAUUCAUUCGGGAAAGAUGAUAGAGGACAACAACGAGGAUCACUGGUUUAUCCAAUGAGACAACGAUCCACGUCACAAGAACGAUUCUUUCAAAAAAGUGACCGUCAAAGAGGAAUCAUCGAAAGAGGCUAUGAUCAGUCGCAUCUUACGUUCACAACUCAAAAAAAUGCUAAAGACGCGCUCGUUUAA